CUUUUUUUUCUUCUUAAAGAAAUUCAUUUUUUAGAUUUACAAACUAUGAAAAUAGAAUAUUCAAUUUAUUGAUAGAAUAUCGACUUAAUUUUUAGAUUACAAAUAGUUAUAAAUUUAAAUACUUACUCUAUUAUUACUGAUUUAUAAAAAAAAGUGGAUUUAUAGGUAAAACUUAAAUGACUAUUCAUCUAUUGUAUUUUCAUGUAAAUAGGAGGAAAAAGUUCUAUGGAAAAGUGGUGGUUCAAUUCAAUGAUGUUUAAUAGGGGUUUAGAAUACAGGUGUGGUUUAAGUAAAUCAAUAGACAGUUUUGGUCCUAUUGAAAAUAACAGUGUAAAUGAAGACCCAUCUAUUUUAACUGAUAUGGAUAAUAUUAUUUUAAUUGAUAUGGAUAAUACUAUUCAUGUAGAUGUCAGGGUUGUAAAAACAAUAGUGAGAAUUCUAGUUAUAGACAUGAACAUACCGAAUUUACUAUCUGAUAAAACUUUUUUAGUUAGCGAUAGUAAUAGUUAUUUCAUAUAUGAUUGGAAUAAUAUCAUUAAUAGUUGUAUUGAAGGUUAUAUGCUUUCUGAAAUCGGUAUUGAUAGUUCCAUUAUACAUAAUAUCAUUGAGAAUAACAAUGAGAAUAAUCCGCAGGAGGAGGAUAAAAAUGAAAAAUUACACAAGUCCAGUUAUAGAUUUGAUUACAGAUUUGAUUACAGAUUUGAUGUUAGAUUUGAAGUCAGAUUUGAAACUGAUAGUGAUAAAGAAAAGGAUAGUGGCAAUGAUGAUGAUAAGCUCCAAAAGGCUAGUGACAUUUUAGAACCUGUAAAUUACAGUGCUGAAAAUUACAGUGAUAGCGACAAUGAUAGCGACGAUAAUGAUCCUGAUGAUGAUUAUGAUACGCUCCAAAAGGGUACUGACACUUUAGAACCGGAAAAUGACAAUGAUACUGAUGAUUAUGAUAAGAUCCAAAGGGCUCAUUACAUUUUAGAACCGGAAAAUGACAGUGAUACUGAGCCUGAUGAUGAGCCUGAUUAUGAGCCUGAUGAUGAGCCUGAUGAUGAGCCUGAUGAUGAGCCUGAUGAUGAGCCUGAUUAUGAGCCUGAUGAUGAGCCUGAUGAUGAGCCUGAUGAUGAUGAUAAGCUCCAAAAGGCUAGUGACAUUUUAGGAUCGGAAAAUCCUAGUGAUAGUGAGAAGGUCCAAAAUAGUAGUGAAAUCGAGAGUACUGGUAUAAUGGAAAAUCCUAGUGAUAGUGAGAAGGUCCAAAAUAGUAGUGAAAUCGAGAGUACUGGUAUAAUGGAAAAUCCUAGUGAUAGUGAGAAGGUCCAAAAUAGUAGUGAAAUCGAGAGUACUGGUAUAAUAAGAAAAGAUUUUUCGCAUUUGUGGGUUGCCUGCGACAGUUGUUAUGGAAACAAUUAUAAGAGAUUUUUUAAAUCAAAAAUGAAUAUUUGUGAAUACUGUGGAUGUCAUUUGAAAAUGAGCAGUUCAGAUCGAAUCGAACUUUUGAUUGAUCCAGGUACUUGGAAUCCUAUGGAUGAAGACAUGUUCCCUGUGGAUCCCAUUGAAUUUAAUUCGGAAGACGAACCUUCUGAAAAUGGUUUGGAAGACGAAGACGAACCUUCUGAAAAUAGUUUGGAAGACGAAGACGAACCUUCUGAAAAUGAUGAUUAUCAAAAUCGUCUUGAUUCUUAUCAAGACAGAACCGGAUUACUGGAUGCGGUUCAAACAGGCACAGGUCAAGUAAAUGGUAUUCCUGUAGCAAUAGGUAUUAUGGAUUUUGAGUUUAUGGGAGGUAGUAUGGGAUCCGUAGUGGGUGAGAAAAUCACUCGGUUGAUUGAAUAUGCUACCAAUCAACGUUUACCUCUUAUUAUAGUAUGUGCGUCUGGAGGAGCGCGUAUGCAAGAAGGAAGUUUGAGCUUAAUGCAAAUGGCUAAAAUUUCUGCUUCUUUAUAUAAUUAUCAAAUCAAUCAAAAGUUAUUCUAUGUACCGAUACUUACAUCUCCUACUACUGGUGGGGUAACAGCUAGUUUUGGAAUGUUGGGGGAUAUCAUUCUUGCCGAACCCGAUGCUUACAUAGCAUUUGCAGGUAAAAGAGUAAUUGAAGAAACGUUGAAGAUCGAAGUGCCCGAAGGUAUACAAUCGGCUGAAUUUUUAUUCGAAAAGGGUGCAUUUGAUUCACUCGUACCACGUAAUUAUUUAAAAGAGUUUUAAGUGAGUUAUUGCAUUUCCA